ACAGCGUGCAGUAUUGGCCCCGAGAGUGGAUGCUCACACCCCGCCUUCACACCCCACAGCACAGCUUUCUAUGCAUUCCGUUGCGCCGUAGGGUGUGACGAACAGGGCUUGGAGUUAUUAUGGCUGAAGCUACCUCCUAUAAGCCUAUGCGGCCAGAGGAACCCACUCUGCUGGAAAUGGAGAACGCGAACAACGACAACACAGUGGGGCCCACAGGUCGGUUCUUCAAUAAGGGUGGCCACAAGGUUGACUAUGUCUUGGUGUACGAGACUUGCCAGGAGAGGGAGGAUAAAGACCCAAAGUUCGCCGCGAAGAUGGCUGACUUUGAGAGGAAGAGAGAUGCGUUUGAAGCGGCAUUGAGCGAACAAGGGCUUGUGAUUGAGCGCGAAUCCAUCACUUCUCCUCAGAACGACAAAGUCAAGCGUCACUUUGUCAAGCUUCACGUGCCAUGGAGGACACUGUCUAGCAAGGCCGAGGAACUGAUGCUAAAGGCGCCGCUACAAGAGAACGACAUUGAUCUGAAGACGACGGGAGAAAAGAUCUUUGGUCACCGGUUCAUGGACGGGUUACGGAGACUAGACCCAUUCCGUAUCAAAGACAGCUCGAUUCCUGAGAAGCCUAAGUGUUUCAUGGCUUACUUCAAGGAGCGAAAGGUGGAUAAGUACAUGGGGAAGGCUGAGCCCGAGAAGAUGUUUACCGCCCUCGAUAGGCAUUACGUGGUGCAGAGGAUUUGCUACGCCACGAGGUUUGCUGAGGGGCCCAAAGGUGUUGGGCUCAAGCAACUGGUUUAUGAAGGUGCCUACUGUGCUAACUACCCCCUGCACGACGGCGACGAUGACGUCAUAGGAGAGAGUUCGUACCCGAGUAAUGACCGGCAGCGCCUGAAGAAGGACUGGUCCUCAAUGAAGCGCAUCUUCAAGUACCAACCGCUAGACACUGUCAAGGGUUACUACGGCACGGCUAUCGCGCUCUACUUCGCAUGGCUGGGAUUUUAUACCGCCAUGCUGAUACCGCUGGCCAUAGUAGGCCUUCUCGUGUUUAUCUAUGGCAUUGGUAGCUCGGCCACUAGUCCCACCGUCAGGGACGCGUGUGACACAAACAACAAGUUCUACAUGUGCCCGUUGUGUGACAGGACGUGCUCUUACUGGGACCUGGUGUCUACUACCUGUAUGUACGCUCGCGUCACGCACUUCUUCGAUAACGACGGCACAGUAUUCCUCGCUAUCUUCACAUCAGUUUGGGCCACGUUGUUUCUGGAGUUCUGGAAGCGUCGUCAAGCGGUUCUCGCAUAUGAGUGGCACGUCGCGAACUUCGAGGAGGAAGAAGAACAAAUCCGGCCUGAGUUCGCGGCUACGGCUCCUACCCUUAAAAAGAAUAUCAUCACCGGAAAACUUGAGCCACACAUUCCUCGCCGCACCCUGUACCAGCGGUACGGGGCCAUCGGUAGCGUCGUGGCUUUCAUGAUCCUUCUAGUCAUCGCUGCUGUAAUUGGCGUAGUUGUCUAUCGGGCAGCCGUGUUUGCUGCCUUGAGCGGAAACAGCGACAGUACCAUCCGAGCAAGGUCUCGUAUCAUCACCUCUAUGACCGCCGCUCUCAUAAACUUACUCUGUAUAAAUAUCCUCAAAUUAUUCUACAAUCGCCUCGCCGUGUGGCUGACAAACUGGGAAAACCCGCGCACCAAGACAGACUACGAGGACAGCUUCACAUACAAGAUGUACCUCUUUCAGUUCGUCAACACUUACGCCUCAAUCUUCUACAUCGCCUUCUUCAAGUCAGAGAUCGUGGUGGGUACCCCAGGUCGUUAUAAGAGGAUUGCCGGCAAGUACAGGCUGGAGGGGUGCAGUGCACAGGGCUGCUUCCUGGAGCUGUGCGUCCAGAUGCUGAUCAUCAUGGUGGGGCAGCAGAUUAUCGGGAACAUCACCGAGGUCGCAAUACCGGCUAUCAUGACCUGGAUUAAAGAGAGAAAGGAGCCUAAAAAUAAACAGCUGCCGCAGUUUGAACAGGACUACAACCUCCAGCCACAGGAGGAACAUAAUCUUUUCUGGGAAUACCUAGAGAUAGUUCUUCAGUAUGGCUUCGUGACGAUGUUCAUUGCCGCCUUUCCGCUCGCCCCACUCUUCUCUCUGCUCAACUCGAUCGUGGAGAUCCGAGUCGACGCCAUCAACUUCGUCUCCCAGUUCCGCCGACCCGAUACCAUGAUAGCCGAGGACAUAGGGGCCUGGUACCGGAUCCUUGAGACUCUGACCCGUUUGUCGGUGCUGAUCAAUGCCUUCGUGUUGUCGUUCACCUCAGAGUUCAUCCCUAAGCUCGUGUACAAGCUCAAAUACGCCCCUGAAGGAUCCGAGGGAACUCUGGAGGGAUACCUGAACAAUAGUCUGUCUGCGAUCAAUGUGACCGUGAUGGAGGAAUGGGAGCCUGGUACCGCCCCUCUGAACCCAACGAAGAAUUUAAACUACACAGAGACUUUCUGCAGAUACAAAGGUUACCAUGACAAUACCUACCCCUUCAAGUUCAACAAGCAGUACUGGCACGUGAUCGCCGCCCGCCUCGCUUUCGUGUUCGUGUUUCAGUACACAGUCUACGCGAUCACGAGCUUCAUCGCGUGGGCAGUUCCUGACCAGCCCCGCUCCCUCGAGCUCCGCUCCAAACGAGAGGAGCACCUCACUAAGAAGAUCUUGUACAACAAGGGGAGAUCCGGACGACUGAGCCGAUCUAAUGAUGUCGACUCUGGGCAUAGCGGAAUGCUAUGAGAAGGCAAUACUACUAGACUAAGGGGCCGAUUACAUGAUGAAUUUCAGCCCGGGCUGAGUUUUCAGCCCGGAUAGGGAGGCUGAAAGUCCAGCCCGAUAUAUCGCACAAAUACUUGUAAAAUUGCUCUUUCGAUUAGAUGAAGGAGUUUUCAGCCCGGGAUCAAUUUCCGCCCGUGAGGAGUUUUCCAGCCCGGGCUGGCAAAUCGGGCUAGGAGUUUCAGUCCGGGCUAGCGGGUUAAAAUCGCCACGUAAUCGCGUAAAUAUCUCAGCAUAUAAUAGGUAAGCAGCUAUUCGGGCUGUAGUUUCAGCCCGGGCUAAUGAAAACUCAGCCCUGGCUAAUGAAAACUCAGCCCGGGCUUAUGAAAACUCAGCCCGGGCUGGAAUUCAUCAUGUAACCCUCCGCAACUAAAUUUUAACUUAAGAGGGUAAUAGAUAAGGACCCAACAGCCAAAUCUAACAGGCAUUUGUCUAAUAAAACGCUGGACAAUUUGAGCAUCACAUGGUAUUGUGAAAGAAUUUUGAGGAGUGAUUCUUAAGUAAUAUACAGUAAGAUAACUUAAGCCGAAAGUAAAUACUAUACCACCCAGCAUAAAGUAAAAAAGUAUGCUCAUAGAUCAUUGUGCAUAAACCUUAUUGAUAUAUAUAUAUAUAUAUAUAUAUAUAUAUAUAUAUAUAUAUAUAUAUAUAUAUAUAUAUAUAUAUAUAUAUAUAUAUAUAUAUAACCUGAUUUUGAUCUUGGUCUGGUAAGUACGGCUAGUGUGGGUGAAAGGAGGGGGGCUAGGAAGGGCUAGGAAGAGCAGGAUGAGACGAGGAGGAGGGUUGAGAAGGUGAGGAGAAAGGGGGAGGGUUCAGAAAGAGGAGUGAGUGGGUAAGAGGUGGGGAGGGGUGAGGAAAAAGGAGGGAACCAUGGCGGCCAUUCUCUCACAAAGGUGCUAUGACGUCACAGGCAACGAUCAUCGAAACAAUAGAACCCUUGUAGACACCUCGCUCCUGACCAUAUUUUAUUAGCAUUCAGGAGUCUUAGAAACCUAGUAACACAUAAUAACACAAAAGCAUAGGGUAGAUAUACACAAAGUUGAUGCCAUAAUAUCUCGAUACCUUUGGAGACUUGUCCAGGCGUCUGUUAUUUUUGUCGAACAAGUACUUAGGGCUAGCGUCAAGGUGUGGGAGCAAUGAGAGCUUAAGUUGAAGGUCACGUGACAGUAGUUGGACCAAUGUGGGCUAGGAUAAGGGUCACGUGACUAUCGUUGGACCAAUAAGAGCUCGGGAUAAUAACCACGUGACUGUCGUUGGACCAAUGCGAGGUCAGGGUAAUUACACAGGGGCAUGGCUACGGUUUUGCUGAUGAGUGGGGGUGGGGGUAGCCUACUUGCAGGCCUUGUCCUCCCCACCCUCCCCCGGCGCCUCAUGUUUUGUCAAUCAAAUCCAAGAUGGUGGCCACGAGCUACGAUUUCGGGUUUCGAGUGUUUUUCUCUCCGAAAACAGCAUCCAACGCCUACAGGUAGGCUAGGGUGGGGGCGUACGAGAUAUUAUACGGUGUUAUAAAUAGUGUUACAUCUGGAGCUACUCCACUGGAGCAAACUUAUUAAUGGCCGAGGUGACCACUGACACAAACCAACAAAAUAAAAAUGAAACUGUCA